UGAUAAUGACCGACCGGACAUUAAAUAUAACCGUGAUCGUAAACCAUGGCUUCACUUCAGUGUAGAGUAACUCAUUUAUAAUAUUCCACAAGACGUACGUGCUUGAAAUUUCCAAAUUUAUGGAGACGCGCGUGAAUAAGCGUGUUGUUAUCACUACAAUCGUUGGUUUGGCUUUUGUGUUUCUCUUAUUAUCGACACGGCGAUCAAAGAAUAGUCAAUCUGAUAGUUCAUCUUUAAUUGCAGAACUGAAAGAAAAGUUGUGGAAAAAAGAAAAUGAGAUAGAUGAACUUCAAGUGAAACAUCAAGUAGAAAUAAAAGAAUUAAGAAAAUCUUUUAUUGCCAACAGUCAUAGACCCAAGCUUCCAUCUCAGCAAUCAAGAAAUAGUCAGGAUUAUGAAUCAAGUGUCAUUAAAGAACUUAGAGAAAAAUUGAGGAAAAAAGAAAAUAUAAUCAUGAACCUUCAGACACAGCAGGAUAUUAAAAUAUCAAAUGUUAGGCCAAAUCUGCACAUUAAGUCAAGGUCUUUUAACAAGCUGGUUCAUUUAGAUUUGAAAGGUUCAGCUCCAAAGAUGGAUUAUAUUUUGAAGCUGCUUUCGUUUUUCAAGUCGUGGGGAGCAACAGGAUUGUUAGUUGAAUAUGAGGAUAUGUUUCCAUACGAUGGAGAAAUCUCUGUGUUAAAAUCUCACUAUGCCUACAGUUUAAACGAAAUUACGAUGUUUCUAAAGGAGGUUCAGGCCCAACAACUGCUAUUGGUACCUUUAGUUCAGACGUUUGGACACAUGGAGUUUGUUCUUAAACACCCGAAGUUUGCCCACCUAAGACAUGUUGCAAACAUGACUACCGCUAUAGAUCCAAACAAUAGAGGUUCUCUACCGCUGGUCAAAAUGAUGGUAAAUCAAAUAGUCCGAAUGCACAAAGGCUACAUCAAGUAUUUGCAUAUUGGCGGAGAUGAGGUUUGGAGUUUGAAGGCAUGUUCUGGCUGCAAUGUUUCUGCGGCAAGUGAAGUUUAUAUGAAGCACAUGUUGCCUGUCAUUGACCAUGUUGUAUCAAAUCAAGUUACUCCAAUAUUAUGGGAUGAUAUGAUGAGAAGGUGGAAUGUUGAUGAUUUGAAAAAUAUCGCUGCUCGUGCCGUUCAGCCAAUGAUAUGGGCUUACCCAGCUCGACUUGAUAAACAUUUUCCUCCGGGAAUGUGGAACAGAUAUUCUGAAGCAUUCUCGAAAGUCUGGAUAGCAAGUGCAUUCAAAGGAGCUGACACGCCAUAUACAAACUUUGUUCCUAUACAAGAUCGCAUUGAUAAUCACAAAUCCUGGUUAAAGAUAUUAUCCAUGUUGUCCACUCAAAAUGUGAAAGUGAAUGGAAUUGCACUAACUGGAUGGAGCAGAUACGAUCACUACGCUACGAUGUGCGAGUUAUUACCUGCUGGAUUGCCAUCCUUAGCGUUAUGUUUAGCUGUUUUGAAAGAAGGCGACCUUUCAAACCAAACAUUAUGGGCUGUAUCGCAACAGCUUGGUUUUAAAUCUCCUGUUCUUUUCGAUGUUUAUGACAUUCCAAGGGAUCUUCAGGAUAGAGACGAAGGGCGUUUCCUUGGUCACAGUGUUUAUGGGCUUGUUUUAACUCUGCAGAGGGCAUACAAUGCUUUAGCAUCCGUCGAGAAACGAAUGCCUGCUUGGUUUAAUCAAAGACAGUUUGCACAAUUGAAAAUUAGUUUCUUUCAACUAACGAUAUCUUUACAAAGAAUUGAAAGUGCCACAAUGCGACUAAAAAAGUUAACAAAGCUGGUCGACAACACGUUUUCUAAAUUUUAUAAUGACGACACAAUUAAUGAAUGGAUAUGGGACAAAAUUAAAAAUAAACUGUCGCGUGCUGAAGAGCUAAAACAGCAUUUGAUGAAAAUCCGUACGGCUGCACGCGAAGCUGAACAACGAGUAUUAAAACCUGAUACUAAUCAGGUCGUUAAACGAGAAUGACAAUCCUAAUCGCUUAGUUUAUAAAUAAAUUUAGUAAUUAUUACAGGGGCUAGUAAGCAUGUACGUGCAUGGUUACUUGCAACUGUCAAUUCUAUGUAUUUAUUUGCCAACGAAGACCAUAGCUGGAGACUGAUAUUGCUAACAGGUUCAUGUUUACCUUACGUGAGGUUGGAGAGGAACAACAUCCACUCGGCACAAUAACAAUAAAACAAACGUGUUUUUUCUAGUUUUCGUGAUACUGGCUGGUAACUUUUAAUUAAAUGCAAUUAAAUCAUUUGGAUAUGGUUACAAUUUGGUUUCCCACAACAGAAAUUAUGUUCGAUUAGUUGUUCGCUGGGGGACCAGUGUGGACCAGUGUGUGUACUAUCCUGGUUAGUCGGAAUGAAUAAAGGUGGUUUGAAUAGCCAGCAACAU